AUGCCGUCGGAUCGCGACCACCGGUACGAAUCCGUACCUCCCAUUCCGUCCUACGAUGAGGCCCUCGCCACCAGCGGCCCGGCUAAUCCUGCGGACUGGAAUCCCCCGCGCUCCCCCAUAGACGAUCGCUCGCUGAACGAGACCGAGUCGCAGUCCCUGCUGCAAAGGAAUGGCGUCGCAACCUCCUCCCGCCGUCCGGGAGGCUACCGACAACCGACUGUCGAGACGGACGAUGAAGACAGUUCCUGGAGCGAUGACGAUGGUGAUGAGACGGCAUAUGUGCGCAGGGAGAUGCAAGAACUGGAGAUAGGAGAGCCAAACGACAGGUCGCGGUCCUCACUAUGGGGGAAGAGGAUACCCUUCUCCCUUUCCUUAUCCCGCUUGAAAUGGUCUUGGCGAUGGAGGCUGCCAAGGAUACGCCCAACAAUCCGACUGCCCUCUCGCCCAAGCGACAACUCCAACGAUGCUAACGCUACGAAUGAGACGACGACGACGACAUCAGUGACGAGGAGACUGAGGAAUGCAUUACCGGACUGGGAUAAGGAUAAGGCACGAGCGGCUAUUCUGAUAUUUGCACGAGUGUUUGCCAUACUUUUUGUCAUGGGUAUACUCUACGCACUCUUUAUGAGCGAUCUAUUCACGAGCAUGGCCAGGCGAAUGAAUGGUGGCUUGCGCUUCAACCCCGAAGACGUGCGCAUGUACGUCCAGGGCAAUGUUGAGGCACGCAGGCUGCGCGCAUCUGUAAGCCACUACACAAAGUACGCCCACAUGGCAGGAACCGAGGGCGAUUAUGCCCUGGCCAUGGAUGUUGAGUCCAUGUUCACCAGGGCCGGUCUGGAUUACGUCAACAUGGACGAGUACUACGUAUAUAUGAACUACCCUAAAGCCGGCGGCCGAGCGGUUGAGAUACUGGGCGAUGACGGAAAGGCGAAGUGGACUGCGAAGUUGGAAGAGGAGGAAGUGGGAGGAGAGGCGGCUGGACAUCAGACUUUUGUAUUCCAUGGCCUGUCAAAGUCCGGAGACGUCAAGGGACCGCUUAUCUACGCCAACUACGGCGCGAGGUCAGAUUUCAAGAAAUUGGCCGACAGCGGAAUCGACACCAAGGGCGCGAUCGCCCUCGUUCGAUACUACGGGCCGCAGGCGAACCUAGGGUUGAAGGUCAAGGCGGCAGAGGAGGCCGGCUUCGCGGGAUGUAUCGUCUAUAGCGAUCCUGCCGACGACGGUUUCAGACUCGGAGACGUUGCGCCGAAUGGUCGCUUUAUGCCCGCUGAUGGUGUUCAGAGAGGGUCUGUUGCCUUGUCCAACUGGGUCAUUGGUGACCCACUGACCCCUGGCUGGGAGAGCAAGAAGAACCUCCCCCGCAUGAAGCCUGACGAGAGCCCUGGUCUGAACAAGAUUCCGAGUCUACCCCUAGCCUGGCGGGACGCCCAGGUCCUGCUUCAACAUAUUAAAGGAUUUGGCAACCAGGCGCCGAAGGAGUGGGCAGGAGGUGUUCCGGAUGUCGGCGAGUGGUGGACUGGUAACCUAUCUUCGCCCAUUGUACGGUUGAAGAAUGACAACGACGUUGUUUCAGAAAAAGCCAUCUGGAACGUAUACGGCAAAAUUGAGGGUAUCGAGCAGGAUGCUAAGUCAAUUAUUAUCGGCAACCACCGUGACGCGUGGGCUUUUGGCGCCAGCGAACCUCACUCUGGUACGGCAGUUCUCAUUGAAAUGGCGCGCAUAUUUGGUUCCCUCAUCUCAAAGGGCUGGCGCCCCCUCCGGACCAUUGAGUUCAUGUCCUGGGACGCCAAGGAGUAUAACCUGAUCGGCUCUACCGAGUACGUCGAACAUAACGAUGAGAAUUUGAGGAAGAACGCCUUCGCCUAUGUCAACCUCGACUCCGCUGUCGCAGGCUCCGAGUUCUACGCUGCCGGAUCUCCCGUCUUCAGGCAGUCGGUGCUCCGCGUGAUUGAACGCGUCGUGGACGAUAGCCUUAACAGCACGAUUCGUGGCCUUUGGGAUCAGCGUCAAGGCGAACUUGAGGAGCUGGACAUGAGCGGCGACUAUGUCCCUUUCCAAACUAUUGCUGGCACCAGCUCCCUUGACAUUGGCUUUAGAGGCGCCCGCUACCCGAAGCACUCGAGCUACGACAACUAUGAAUGGGUCCAGCGUAUCGGCGACCCGGACUUUAAGUACCAUGCCCUUAUGGGUCAGAUUGUCGGUCUGCUGAUGCUCGAGCUCGCGGACAAGCCUAUCCUGCCGUUUGAUAUGGUGGGUUACAGCAACCGCAUUGAGCGCUACGUCAAUGAUCUCGCCAACUUUUGCGAAAGCAAGGGUGCGGAUAAGUCCAAGUUCUCAGUUGAUCCGCUCAAGAAGAUCAUUGAGAGCAUUAAAAUUGGCAUCAAGACCUUCUCCAUGUGGGAGAUGAUGUGGGAGACGACUGUUAUGGGCGGCAGCGGCUGGGAGUCGAGCCAUAUGGGUGAUUUACGUCUCGAGUUUAACUCGCACAUGGCCGAUUUCGAGACGGCAUUGCUGGACCUUGACCAAGGCGGCGGCAUCCCCAACCGCUCCCAGUUCAAACACGUCAUCUACGGCCCCCAAGCUUGGUCCGGCAACCGCCCCGUCACCUUCCCGGCCAUCCGCGAUGCCGUUGAGGCAGGUGACUGGGCCCUGGCCAACAAGCUCGUCGAGAAGACGGCGCGCAUCAUCCAGAACGCGACGUCCAUGCUUCAGGAGUGGGAGAAGAAGACCAGCGACAAAGACUCCUGA